AUGGAAAAUCAGGAAGAUAUUUCGGGCAAGCACAAUGGUCGCCCGAGGGUCAAUUUAGAGCCCUAUAAAGCCGAGGUCAUCGCCCUACACGAGAAAAAGAUGAAGGGUGACGACAUCUGCAAGCAUCUAAAGCGACAACAUGAUAUCCAAAUAUCCCCGCGAACCCUCACCAAGCGUUUACAGCUUUGGGGAGUCAAGAAGAAGAUGGAAAACUUCUCGUCAAAUGAAGUGCUUCAUGCGCGUAUUAAGAACCUUUUCUUCGAUGUUGGUCUUGGUGAUUCGGAGAUCCUCACUGUUUUGAAUGGUGAGGGCUACGAUAUCUCACUUCGUACGCUACGAAGACUCCGUCACCAGCUUGGGAUCCGUCUUCGUCUUGACUCGCCAACUGGGCAGCAGGAGCAAGUCCAGGAAAUCCUGGAAGCCUUGGUUGAGGAGAUGGACAAGGGAACCAUUGAAGGAUACGGCAAGGAACUACUGCAUAACCACUUCCGCAGCAAGGGAUAUGUCUUUGCCAGAGAUCGUCUGUAUAAUGUCUACCGUAUGCUACGCCCUGACAAUGUCGAACGCCGCACGAGUGAUGUCCCACGCCGUGCUCCUCCACCGAAGAUUCUAGCCGGUCCUAAUUUGACCUGGCAUGUGAAUAAUUAUUCAAAACUGGCAAACUUCGGGUUCCGGAUUCAUGCCGAGAUUGAUUCAUUUUCUCGCUAUGUUCUCUGGCUCAAUGUUGGUGUUGGCGCUCACACGGCCAUGAGCGUCCUCAAGCAUCAUCUUGAUGCUGUCUCUUCCAAAGGCCGUCAACCGCGCACUCUCCGAUCUGAUUUAGAGUCUGAAGUUCCCCUCCUGGCAGACGCCCACUUUAACCUCCGCCGCGCCAGUGAGCCGGAAGUUGAGCGGGACCAAUGCUGUGCUCCUGGGCGAGCUACGGACACCCACCGCAUUGAAUCAUGGUGGGCUCAGCUUGCCAAGUCGGUGGUAACCCUUUUCUAUAACUAUUUCCGCCAACUCCACGCCGAAGGCCUAUUCACAAGCUCAAUAUUAGCGGACCAGGUAUCCCUCCUGGCAAUUUACAUGCCAAUCCUCCGCAGCCAUAUAAACUCCUACGUUCAAACCUGGAAUAUACACAACAUCCGCAAACAAAAAGACCACCCAGAACGCGCCCCAGGAAAACCAUACAUGAACUACCACCACCCACCAAAAGGAGUAGAAAACUUCGGCCUACCAGUCGACCAGCCUACCUUGCAGCUACUGCAAGAAAGCCACAGAGAAUUCGACCCGGAGGAAUACUUACCAUCGGAUACGCUCCGGUGGUGUAUGGCGCAACUGCAAGAGCUGGAUUUCGAUCCGUAUAGCCCGCCUGCGCGGUUACCUGGGGACGUUCAGCCAUUCCGGUCUGUUUAUCUCGCUCUCCGGGAGAGGGCGUGGCGACAUGAACGCUCCGGGGUGGAGCCGAAGUUGGCGCUUUGUGAAGCUCCUGGGCCGGGCUUACAGGGAUAUGCUCCUUCGCGGUAG